UAGUUGUUUUACUAUUCACCUAUGUUAUAUAUUUCGCUAUAAAUAGUACCUAGUUUCCAUAAUAUCGUCAUGACGUCUACUUCAGCAUAUUAUACAUUUUAUCAUCUUCCUAAUAAAGAACCAGUUGGACUGUACAACAAGAUUGUUCAAGGAUAUCUUCUCAAAUGGUCAAUGAAGAAAUGUUUACAUAUUCAUUAUUACGCGUUCAAUCAAGAAUUUAUACCGGAUGACAUUGACCAGUUUGCAUUGGAUUUCUUUCGGGAUAACAAUGUAGCAAAUAACGUACAUGCAAGUUUCAGCCAAUUUGUCGGAAGCGAAGUAGCUAAAGUGCAGACCGAAUCCAUUCCUUGCAACGUUACAUCCAUGACGUUCUUUGACAGGCUCUUGGACCCGAACAACGGCAUAGUCGGCUGCAGCGGAUCUGGUGACAACGAUAAUCACUCGAUACGCCAGUGUAUGGAAGUGUUCAAGGACGGCAUGUACAUUUCAAAUAAGCUAAAAAUGAUGUUGUUUGAAGACGAAUGCGAAGAAUAUUUGUUGUAUAGCGAAGAUGAACGAUCAGAGUUCAUGUUUCGGCUGUUGCGGCAUUUCUCCACCGGCGGCCAAUGGUGUCAAGACGAAGUAGUUAUCGAACCGUAUUUGGACGCAAUGAAAUACGUUUACAAAGAUCUACUUGCUGUCGAAAAAAUUCCAGGCUCCGGAAUACAAGUCUCGUCCAAGAUGUUCAAAGUCGUUGCUUUCGAUUCUAACGACACAGUUUUAUUUCCAAAACAAUGCAGAAAUCCCAUACCGUACAGUUUCGCUUAUUUAACAGUAAAUCCUAAAACUCGGACUGUCGCAUUAUUUUUUCAUAAUGUCGGUGACACAAUAUAUACAUAAUAAAAUAAUAUAUUCUUCACUUAUUCUUUGAUGUUGUUUAUUCGAUUUUUUUUCAAGAUUUUAUGUUUGAGGUGUAUAGAGUUGAAAAUACACAGAAUCACAUCUUUCAAAAAAAAUCUUAAUUUUUUUUACUGAUCGCUUAGUCAAUAAAUUAUGAAUUGUGUUAAACAAUAAACUUGUUGGUACAUUGGUCCAAACUGGUGUAAAAUUAUCCGCAUAUUAUCCCAGACAUGUGAGAUUUAGAUUCCUGGUCAGGGAUAGUGAGUCAUGUAAAAGAUAUGAUGCGUUUUUAUUUUAAUCCAAUUGGAACGAGCAAAUCUCUAGAUAGUUUAUUACUGAUAUAUAAUCAAGGAAUAUUCACCACAUAUCUAUUCCAACAAGUAGAAAGUUUGGUUGUGAGCUGUAAUUUGUAUUAUUUAUUUCUUAAGUAGGUGCUGAAGUAAUAAAGUGGGUUCUUUUUAAUUUGAUAAUUAAUUAGAUCCAUUAAGAGGUCUCCUCUAUUAACAAUAAUGUUGUCAUCGCCCAUCAGAUUACUCAUGAAAGUAAUGUUCUGAAUUUUUCAACCAAUGACAGCAAUAAGGCAGUUCUCAUUAUACAUUAUGCAAAGAAAUACCAAUUAUUAUUUAAACAUACAAUGGUAAAAAGUCAAAUUACAAUUUUGUUUUGAUGAAUAAACAUUUAUUUCUAUUCUUAGAAAAUUAUUGAGUUAACAUAUCAUUUAUAAAGUAUCUAAUAAGUAUCUACCCUUUUAGUCUUAAGUUUAAUAAACCAAUAUUUUUUUUAAAAAUCUCUCUUGUAGCAAAUGUAGAACAUAUUUAUGAUAUUAUUUAUUAAA